CGUAGUUCGAUUAGCAUACAACGGAGGGCGCUUAGAAAUGUCAAAUGACUAAACAUUAGUCAUACCUGUCAAAAAAGUCAAUAUAGAAAAUAAAGUUGCAAAUUUUGCAUCGCAAAAAAUUUCCGUGUAAUUUUUACAUCUAAAAUGUCGUUAAACACGGCCCACCUGAACGGCGGCGUGCUGAUCCAUGCAGGGGAACAGAUAUUGCUGUUUUCCGAGCAUGUUUCCAUAGAGUGGUCGGGGCAGAAUAUGGGUGCUUUUAAAGGGACCAAAAGUGGUAGGAUAUACUUGACAACGCAUCGAUUGGUUUUUAACAGCAAAAGCCCCAACGAUGAAAUGCAGUCAUUUAGUUUCCCUUUCAUCACACUAAGCGAGGUGGAAAUUGAACAACCAAUAUUUGGGGCUAAUUACAUUAAAGGAAAAGUAAGGGCUCAGCCGAAUGGAAAUUGGACUGGCGAAGCCAAAUUCAAGUUGACUUUCAAACACGGAGGUGCUAUUGAGUUUGGGCAGGCUAUGCUGAAAGUGGCUCAUCUUGUCGCAAGGGGCGGCUUCAGAGAAGCACCCCCGCCGUACAUGCCGCCCCAAUCGCAGUACUACGCGGCGCCGCCUCCCGCCUACGCCCCGCCCCCGCAGGGUUACUACGGCUGGACGCCGCCCUACCAGACGUUCCCCGAUCAGCCGCCUCAGAACGGCGUUUUCAUGACGGACGCGCCGCCCCCGUACCCCGGGCUGCCGCCGCAGGGCUACCAGGGGGGGCAGAUGCCGCCGCAGGGGUACCCGCCCCAGCAGCAGGGGUACCCGCCGCAAGGGGGGUACCCGGCAGCGCAGGGCUAUCCCGGGGGCAGCUACUCCGGCUUGCCGCCGCCGCCCGGUCAGCAGGGCCCGCCGCAAGGGUAUCCCCAGAACGGGGGGCCGUUUGUCGGCCCGCAGGGCUAUCAGAAUCAACCGCAGCCCGGCUAUCCGCAGACGCAGGGCUAUCCGCAAGGGUUUACGGCACCUGCUGGUAAGUUUCUAUUUAACAAACAAAAGUUAAUUAAUUUAACGCGAAAACUGGUCAAGUUAAUAAAAGUGUUUGCAAUAAUAGAUGGGAUAAACAUGAAUACUGCCUUUUUAAAAUGUGUUUUAACAUUUUAAAAUGCAUUUUAGACAUUUAGAAUAAAAUUUAGGUAAAAAUAUAUUAUAAAAUUUGUUUUU